GAUUGGUUUACUCAAGGUCAGCUACUAAUUUGCGGUGUAAACAAGAAAAACAAGUUGCAGGAUAUGUUAUUUGAAUAAUCAUGUGGCGACAACCAUCGUUAAAACUAUGUCAGCAUUUGAACAAGCCAGGUGUUGCAUAUGGCAACCAGUGUGUGCGCAUGAUAAGUUCCAAAGGAACACUUGCGAUACGACGCGAGACAAUCAAUGUUUGGGAGCGCCGUGCUCCCCUCUCUCCUAGCCAGGUGGCAAGCUUGGUAAAACAAGGCUUCAAAGUCAUUGUACAGCCUUCCAACAGGAGAGCCUACAAUAUGCAGGAAUAUUCUGACCGCGGGGCAACGAUCCAGGAAGAUAUUUCAGAAGCGUCGGUUGUGAUUGGCGUGAAAAACAUACCGGAGGAUCUCCUGAUACCAGACAAGACCUACUGUUUCUUCUCACACACUAUCAAGGCACAGAAAGACAACAUGCCUCUACUGGACGCAAUCCUUGAAAAAAAUGUACGUCUGAUAGACUAUGAGAAGAUGGUGGACAAGAACGGUCAGCGAGUUGUGGCGUUUGGGAAGUAUGCAGGUGUGGUGGGAAUGAUCAACAUUCUACAUGGGAUGGGCCUUAGAUUGCUGGCACUGGGUCAUCAUACACCCUUCAUGCAUAUCGGUCCCAGUCACAACUAUAGGAACAGCGAGGCUGCAAGACAGGCUGUUAGAGAUGCGGGCUACGAAAUCGCACUUGGCAGGAUGCCAAAAUCUAUUGGACCACUGACGUUUAUAUUCACAGGAUCGGGCAAUGUCUCAAAGGGUGCCCAAGAAGUCUUUCAGGAACUCCCACACGAGUAUAUUGAGCCCGACCACCUGCCCAAAGUGGCCAAGAAAGGAUCACUGAAGAAGGUAUAUGGGUGCGAGGUGAGUCGAGACGAUCACUAUGUGAGGAUAGAAGGAGGCAAGUUUAAUGCUGAUGAGUUUGAUGCACAUCCCGAUCGCUAUGUGUCUGUCUUCAGUCAUAAGGUGGCCCCGUAUUCCUCAUGCAUCAUCAAUGGCAUCUACUGGGCCCCUGGAGCACCCAGAAUUCUCACGAUCCCCGAUGCCAAGACCCUUUUGAAGGCCCAGCAGUAUCCAUGGUUACCGUCCAGCAUGGGUUGCCCCCAGUUACCUCACCGUCUCAUUGCCCUCUGUGAUAUCUCAGCCGAUCCUGGUGGCUCGAUCGAGUUCAUGAAGGAAUGUACGACCAUUGACAAGCCAUUCUGCCUUUAUGAUGCGGAGCUGAAUCAGGAAACCGAAAGUUUUAAGGGCGAUGGUGUGCUGAUCUGCUCAAUUGACAACAUGCCUGCCCAGAUGCCAAGGGAGGCCACUAAGUACUUCGGGAGCCUGCUGCUACCCUACAUUCCAGAUAUAAUGAGAUCAGAUGCCAAAACUUCGUUUGAGGACUUUGAUACAACACCUACUGUGAAAAAUGCGGUGAUAGCCUCUAACGGCCGACUGACUCCCAACUUUGCAUAUAUCACUGAGCUGAGAAAGAAGAAUCAGUCUGCCAAGAAGAGUCGUGUGGUCCCCAAUCAGAAGAAGGUGCUGGUACUGGGGGCUGGGUAUGUGUCUGGUCCCGCAGUGGAGUACCUGACCAGGGAUAAGAAUAUCAGGGUCACAGUAGUUUCUCAAAUCAAAGAAGAGCUAGACUCCAUUGAGGCUCGAUGUCCGAAUGUGGACAUCAUGCUGCUGGACAUUAUGCGGCACCAGGAGGAGCUGGAUAAACUUGUGCCGGAUCACGACAUUGUUGUCAGCCUGCUGCCUUACGUCAUGCACCCGGAGAUUGCCAAGUAUUGCAUCAAGCACAAGAGAAACAUGGUGACCGCCAGCUAUGUGUCACCUGCUAUGAAGGCUCUACAUAAAGCAGCCUUGGAUGCCAAUGUGACGAUUGUGAAUGAGGUCGGAGUGGAUCCUGGUAUUGACCACAUGCUGGCUAUGCAGUGCUUUGAUGAAGUGAAAAAAGCAGGCGGCAAGAUCAGCUCCUAUGUCUCAUACUGCGGAGGCUUGCCUGCACCUGAAGAUUCCAAGACACCACUCGGCUACAAAUUCAGCUGGUUCCCCAAAGGUGUCCUGAUGAACUGUCUCAGUGGAGCAAAGUAUCUAAAAAAUGGACAGGUUGUGGAGAUUUCAGGCCAGGGAGGGCUAUUGGAUGCGGCAGAGCAUCUCAACUUCAUGCCCGGUUUUAACCUUGAGGGAUUCCCCAACCGGGACUCCACCAUCUAUACUGACGCUUACGGCAUCAACGACGCUCACACAUGCAUAAGGGGGACCAUUCGCUACAAGGGUUUUGCCAACGUUGCUAAGGGCCUGAUGAAGCUGGGACUGCUGAGUAGUGAGGAGAGCUCCAGUCUGCACCCCAACGGACCAGAGAAGACAUGGAGACAGUACUUCUGUGGGAUGUUUGGAAAGUCAUCUGAUCUACUUGAGGACUCCUUGAAGGAUCUUGUUUUUGAGGCUGUUGGACAAAAUGAACAUCGUUUGGAUGCCAUUGUUAGACUGGGUCUGCUUGAUGAAGAGCUGAUUGACAAGAAGGGGACGCCCAUUGACACCCUGUCCAACUAUCUCUCCAAGAGACUUGCCUUCGCGCCUGGAGAGAGGGAUAUGAUCCUCAUGCAGCAUGACAUUGGGGUGCAGUGGUUCAAUGGACAGAAAGAGCACCGGGGCGUGAGUCUUGUCAUGUAUGGCGACUCUGACCCAAAGGGGUAUUCUGCCAUGGCCAAAACUGUGGGGCUCCCCACGGGCAUUGCAACCAGAAUGGUCCUUGAUGGUGAGAUUCAGAAGAAAGGAAUGUGUAUCCCUCUGUCCAGUGACAUAUACGAGCCCAUGCUGGCACGUCUGAAGAAGGAAGGCAUCGUUGCUAGGGAAACCAUUGAGUCUGUGUAA